CCGCGCCGCGCCGGCCGCUGUCAGCUCCCUCAGCGUCUGGCCGAGGCGUGGUGUAUGCUGAGCCGCUGCCGCAGCCGGCUGCUCCACGUCCUGGGCCUUAGCUUUCUGCUGCAGACCCGCCGGCCGAUUCUCCUCUGCCCUCCCCGUCUCAUGAAGCCGCUGGUCGUGUUCGUCCUCGGCGGCCCCGGCGCCAGCAAGGGGACCCAGUGCGCCCGCAUCGUCGAGAAAUAUGGCUACACACACCUUUCUGCAGGAGAGCUGCUUCGUGAUGAAAGGAAGAACCCAGAUUCACAGUAUGGUGAACUUAUUGAAAAGUACGUUAAAGAGGGGAAGAUUGUACCAGUUGAGAUAACCAUCAGUUUAUUAAAGAGGGAAAUGGAUCAGACAAUGGCUGCCAAUGCUCAGAAGAAGAAAUUCUUGACUGAUGGGUUUCCGAGAAAUCAAGACAACGUUCAAGGUUGGAACAAGACCAUGGAUGGGAAGGCAGAUGUAUCUUUCGUUCUGUUUUUUGAGUGUAAUAAUGAGAUCUGUAUUGAACGAUGUCUUGAGAGGGGAAAGAGUAGUGGUAGGAGUGAUGACAACAGAGAGAGCUUGGAAAAGAGAAUUCAGACCUACCUUCAGCCAACAAAGCCAAUUAUUGACUUAUAUGAAGAAAUGGGGAAAGUCAAGAAAAUAGAUGCUUUUAAAUCUGUUGAUGAAGUUUUUGAUGAAGUUGUGCAGAUUUUCGACAAGGAAGGCUAAUUCUAAACCUGAAAGCAUCCUUGAAAUCAUGCUUGAAUAUUGCUUUGAUAGCUGCUAUCAU